CUCUUCCAAGAGGGAACAGGGGCACAAGGUCAGCAGUAGUCAGUGGAAAAGGAGAGGUCAUCUCAGCAACAGCUUGCAGCCUUCUAAAUGUGGUACCCUGCCGCCUCGGGCGCCUUCCCGAGGCAGGCCGGCCCCGGAACGGCAGGCAGGGCCGGCGCUGUCGGCCGGAGGCAGCGGGGAGCGCUCAAAAUGGCGGCGGGCCGGGUGUUCGCCUUCCGCGACGCGCGCUGGGCCCCGGACCCGGUGCUGGCGCCGAGCCUGGCCGUGCGGAGCCCGCAGCCGGUGCCGCUGGUGAUCGACAACGGCUCCUUCCAGACGCGGGCGGGCUGGGCGGCCGCCGACCCCUCCGUCCCCGCCGAGCCCCUGCUGCGGUUCCGUUCGCUGGCGGCUCGCAGCCGCGGAGCCCGCGGCGGGGCCGGCGCUGAGACUCAGGUGGGCAACGACCUGGGCAGCCCCGAGCCGCUGCGCUGGCUGCUCCGCUCGCCCUUCGACCGCAACGUGCCCGUCCAGCUGGAGCUGCAGGAGCUGCUCCUCGACCACGUCUUCCAGCGCCUCGGCGUCUCCUCGCAGGGUUGUGUUGAUCAUCCCAUUGUUUUGACAGAAGCAGUGUGCAAUCCGCUAUAUUCGAGGCAAAUGAUGUCAGAGCUCCUCUUCGAAUGUUAUCAGGUUCCGAAAGUGUCCUAUGGUGUAGAUAGCUUGUAUAGUUUUUACCACAACAGAAGCCAGAACUGGCCCUGCAGUGGUUUGGUGAUAUCUUCAGGUUAUCAGUGUACGCAUAUUUUGCCGGUCUUAGAAGGCAGGUUGGAUGCUAAAAACUGCAAACGUAUUAAUAUUGGAGGGUGUCAGGCAGCUGUAUAUCUUCAACGCCUCCUACAGCUGAAAUACCCUGGACAUUUUGCUGCCAUCACUCUCAGUCGCAUGGAGGAAAUACUUCAUGAGCAUAGCUACAUUGCAGAAGACUAUAUCGAAGAACUACAGAAGUGGCGGUCCCCAGAGUACUAUGAGAACAAUGUGCACAAGAUGCAGCUGCCUUUUUCUAACAAGCUACUGGGAAGCACCCUGACAUCCGAGGAAAAGCAGGAGAGGAGACAGCAGCAAUUGCGUAGGCUUCAAGAACUCAACGCGCGCCGUAGAGAAGAGAAGCUGCAACUCGACCAAGAGAGGCUGGACAGACUACUGUAUGUACAGGAGCUUUUAGAAGAUGGUCACAUGGAUCAAUUCCACAAAGCUUUGGUGGAGCUGAACAUGGACUCUGCAGAAGAACUUCAAUCUUAUAUCAACAAAUUGAGCCUGGCCGUUGAACAAACAAAGCAAAAAAUCCUACAGGCAGAAGUCAAUAUUGAAGUGGAUGUUGUGGACAGCAAACCAGAGACCCCUGAUUUGGAUCCACUGGGCAGUGAACAGUCACUGGAGGAUGUGGAAAGUAUUAACGAGUUUGAACCUUUAUUUGCUGAGGACCAGCCCGAAGUUGAGAAGCCUGUUGCUACAGUACAGCCCGUGUUUAACCUGGCAGAGUACCACCAACUCUUUCUUGGCACUGAAAGAAUCAGGGCUCCGGAGAUUGUCUUCCAGCCCUCCCUGAUAGGAGAAGACCAGGCUGGUAUAGCAGAAACUAUGCAAUAUGUCCUUGAGAGGUAUCCAAAGGAGCAACAAGCUAUUCUUGUCCAGAAUGUUUUUCUCACUGGUGGAAAUGCGAUGUACCCUGGACUGAAAGCCAGAGUUCAGAAAGAACUCCUCGAAAUGAGGCCGUUCCGGUCAUCUUUUCAGGUUCACCUUGCCUCCAGCCCUGUUUUAGAUGCCUGGUAUGGGGCUAGGGACUGGGCAGUGGAACACGUGACCCGUGAGGAAGGCUGGAUAACCAGAAAGGACUAUGAAGAAAAAGGGGGAGAAUAUCUCAAGGAACACUGUGCUUCAAAUGUUUAUGUUCCCAUCAGACUUCCGAAGCAGGCCCCACGGACUACAGAGGCAUUAGCACCCAGCAGAGCACUGACAUCUAGUACGGGCAAUCCUUGCGAGCAGGUGUAGCACAGAGCCUUUGCCACAGUCCCCCAGAGGGAGAUAAAAGUGCAAAGAGACGAGUUUACUGUGUUUGUGCAGUCUGAGCUGUGUAUGGAGCACAGACCUCAGCACAAAGCAUCUCAUCCAGCCCCUCGAAGGGGGAAACGAGCGAGCUGCUCUGGGGCAUCAGCUGGCUCGGUCAUAGCACUUGCCACAUGCAGUGCUGCUUCUGCAUAGCACGGGAGUAUGAGUCGGCCAGGAGGGACACAGGAAAAGUGCAUUCCGGAGAAAAAUACAGUCUUAGGAACUUUCAUAGUAAGACUCAGGGGAUUUUGCAAAUGUUUUACAUUUUUUUAUUAAAACUUACUGGUUGUA